AUGCCUAACGAUUCUCAAGUUUACAGAUCCACCAGAUCUAGCUCUCCAAAGACCAUCUCUUUUGAAGAUGCUAUCAUUCAAGGUUUAGCCACUGACGGUGGUCUUUUCAUCCCACCAACUAUUCCACAAGUCGACCAAGCCACUCUUUUCAACGACUGGUCAAAGCUCUCCUUCCAAGACUUGGCUUUUGCAAUCAUGAGACUAUACAUUGCCCAAGAAGAAAUUCCAGAUGCUGAUUUAAAGGAUUUGAUCAAGAGAUCUUACUCUACUUUCCGCUCUGAUAAGGUCACACCCCUAGUGCAAAAUGUCACCGGUGACAAGGAAAAUUUGCACAUUUUAGAAUUAUUCCACGGCCCCACCUACGCUUUCAAAGAUGUUGCUCUGCAAUUUGUCGGUAAUCUUUUUGAAUAUUUCUUGCAAAGAACCAAUGCCAAUUUACCCGAGGACAAGAAGAAGCAAAUCACUGUGGUCGGUGCUACCUCUGGUGACACUGGUUCUGCAGCUAUCUACGGUCUGAGAGGCAAAAAGGACGUCUCCGUUUUCAUCUUGUAUCCAACCGGUAGAAUUUCCCCAAUUCAAGAAGAACAAAUGACCACUGUUCCAGAUGAAAACGUUCAAACCUUGUCUGUCACCGGUACUUUCGACAACUGUCAAGAUAUCGUUAAGGCUAUCUUCGGUGACAAAGAAUUUAACUCUAAACACAACGUCGGUGCCGUUAACUCCAUCAACUGGGCAAGAAUUUUGGCCCAAAUGACCUACUACUUCUAUUCCUUUUUCCAAGCUACCAACGGUAAGGAUUCUAAGAAGGUCAAGUUCGUGGUGCCAAGCGGGAAUUUCGGUGAUAUAUUGGCAGGAUAUUUUGCCAAGAAAAUGGGUUUGCCUAUUGAAAAACUGGCCAUUGCUACCAAUGAAAACGAUAUUUUGGACAGAUUUUUGAAAUCUGGUUUAUACGAAAGAUCUGACAAAGUUGCUGCUACUUUAUCUCCAGCAAUGGAUAUCUUAAUCUCUUCCAAUUUCGAAAGACUUUUGUGGUACCUAGCUCGUGAAUACUUGGCCAAUGGCAAUGACUUAAAAGCAGGUGAAAUUGUUAACAACUGGUUCCAAGAAUUGAAGACCAAUGGUAAAUUCCAAGUUGACAAAUCCAUCAUUGAAGGUGCAUCAAAGGACUUCACAUCAGAAAGAGUCUCCAAUGAAGAAACCUCUGAAACAAUCAAGAAGAUCUACGAAGCAUCUGUAAAUCCAAAACACUACAUCUUAGAUCCUCACACAGCUGUCGGUGUUUGCGCCACAGAAAGAUUGAUCGCAAAAGAUAAUGACAAAUCUAUCCAAUACGUUUCUUUAUCUACCGCUCACCCAGCUAAAUUUGCUGAUGCUGUCAACAACGCAUUAUCUGGAUUUUCCAAUUAUUCCUUCGAAAAGGACGUUUUGCCUGAAGAGUUGAAGAAACUAUCUACAUUAAAGAAGAAAUUGAAAUUCAUCGAAAGAGCUGACGUUGAAUUGGUCAAGAACGCUAUUGAAGAAGAACUUGCUAAAAUGAAAUUAUAA